AUUCAUUUCCUCAUCAUCCAACAUGGCAGAUUUCAAUGAAGGGGUGUACUGCAAAAUAUGAUAUACAUAAUGAAUUAUGUAUUUUUUGAAAACUGUGGUUUGUAAAAGUGCAAUUAUAAUUUCAAGAUGAAUCCUGAUAUCGAAGCGAACAUACGGAAAAAUUUGCCAUGGCUUAAACUCCCUCCAAACGUGCGCCAGGUUUUGGGCAAUUCUCAAAAGGAAUAUGAAAAAGCUGUUGGUCAAUUUAGUGUGAAAAAUCAACUACGGUACAAGGGGAAUUUAGUGAAGACGGUGCGCAAAGAUGAGAAGCGUUACUAUGAGGAGAUGUUGCGUUACAGUCAGGAGCACCUGAUGCUCUACCCAUACCACCUGUCGGACGUCGUGGUGAAGGGGCUGCGUGUCACACCAUUCACCUACUAUGUCAACAUGAUGUCCACCAUCAUGACACAGGAGAAGAGCUACGACUCACUUCCCAAUUUCACUGCUGCUGAUUGUCUUCGUCUGCUGGGGAUUGGUCGUAACCAGUAUAUUGAUUUGAUGAACCAGUGUAGGUCCUCCAAGAAGUUUUUCCGGAGGAAAAAUCCCAAAGAAUUAUUACCAGUUCAGCCAGUUGAUACAGCUCUAAUGGAACACUGGUGGCAUGUCAUUGUAGGCUACGUCACAGAGGAUGAUGUCAGGAUGUGUACGACCGUAGAGAAGCUACUGAUUGACAGUAUUAUCGACUCCAGCAUGGUUAUAGCUGGGGAGCACGACUUCAAACUUAUUCAUGGAUUAUACAAAAAAGGACUAAUCUACCUAGACGUUCCUAUAGCUGAUACUGACUGCAUCAUUGUCCCUCCACUGGAAGGCUUUGUGAUGAACCGAGUGUUGGGGGACUACUUUGAGACUCUGCUGUAUAAAAUAUUUGUGUCCAUUGAUGAGCACACAACAGUAUCAGAGCUCGCCAACGUUCUACAAAUAGACUUACAGCUAGUCAAGAAUGCUGUUUCCAUGUACUGUCGCCUUGGAUUUGCCAAGAAAAAAGGAGUAGAGUUUUAUAACUAUGACAACCUUCAACCAUCUUGGAAGGAUGUGCAGCCUGUCAACAAAAAGUUGACACCCGACCAGACAAUCCUAGACUGGGACAAUGCCCUGGCAGAGGCUAACAAGGAGCCUACUCACGAAGAGGAGGCGACGGUCAAUCCUAACUCAAAUAUCAACGCCCUGAAGGAUGUCAUGGAGAGCGAGAGUCCGACGGUUGGAAGCUGUAAGAGAAUAGCAUUCCUGUUUGACUCCACGCUGACAGCGUUCCUCAUGAUGGGCAACCUGUCACCAGGUUUGAAAAGCCAUGCAGUGACCAUGUUUGAGGUCGGAAAGCUUAGUGACGAGUCGCUGGACAGUUUCCUUACAGAGCUGGAGAAAGUUGGCUCAGACGCAGAGGGGGAGGCCCGAAGGUACUUUGUGCACGCCUUGACUUUGAGGGACACGCUGAAGUUUCUGAGGUACAAUAAGGACCUGACAUUUGAGAGCGACACCAAGACUGGUCUGGCUGUCGACCUGAUCCGUUGUGAGAGCCUGUUGGGUCUGGAUCCCGCGACUAGAGCCAGAGUUUUAAACAGGAACUAUGAAUUGCUGGUUUCCAUGGCACCCUUGAGCUACGAGAUCAAGCCGGUGAGCAGUUGUACUCCCCAACAUAUAGGACCGGCUGUACCAGAGGUGAAUUCUGUGUGGUUUAAGUUGUUCCUGUAUAACCUAACAAAGUGUGGUCCCCCUUCACUUCUCCUGGUCAAAGGGACGAAACUACGCAAGCUACCCGCAAUAUUCCACGAAUAUGACAAGCUGUUAGUUACUACAUGGGGUCACGACCCUGCUGUGAUAGCCACAUCCAACAUUUUAUUGACACUCAACGACGCUCUUAGUCACUCAGCUUUGUUUGUCCAGGCCCACGGCUGGCAGUCUGAGGGUAAAACGGUCAACAUCUCAUUUCCUCUCGACAAGACAAAACUAGGACAACCAUUUUCCAAACAGAACUACGAAAGUCAUUCGGGCAUUAAAAGUUUAUGUGAACAUGUAGACCUAGAACACACAUGUGGGUAUAUCACCCUCCUCAACACGGGACUUCUGUCACAUACCGUGUUCCAGGAGGAUCCCGAUGAGGAAGACUACUUCGAGGAAGCUAGCAACGGCAUUAUCUUCAACACCCAUCAGUCAGAUACGGAGUCUGAUGGACCCCUGAACGGUGUGACAGAUAAAAACUCGGCCGACAUGCUGGCCACUGAGAUCGACUUGUUAGACUCAGAAAUGUUUGGUGCUACUGGUGCAGGACAGAAUGUGACUGUCAAAAAACUGAAAGACAACUUGACUUUAAAACUUGACCUUGACAGUGCUACACAGAGGAAAAGAUCAUUAGAAGACACAAAAGAGGAGGAUUGGGUCAUUUUGGAGUGUUAUUUCGGUAUUCCAUUGUUUAGUUCCAGUCUUAACAAGGAUGUGUGUUCAAAAGUCAUCGCUGAAGGACUCUUUUCAAAGAAAAGCCUCCAGGAGCUGCUACAUUCCAGUAGGAAGGUGUCCCUUAGGUUAUUAAACUUUGUGUCCCAGUUCCAGGAUAGCGCAAGUAUAGGUGACCUUAGUCAGGAUCCAACCACCGACAAAGAAGAAACAACACCUCUGCCAACGGUCAACCUCCUGUUUCAUAACAAAACACUGGAGCAAUGGACAGGCUGACCUCUGUCCAGUUAUAGGACCUAUUGUGUUAUUGCUAGGAGCUGACCGAUGGAGGCAUUACUACAUUGAAGGGAAUUACUCAACAGUGAUCUUCUUUCCUUAUAAAUUAUUGUUGGACAUUUCAUCCAUAAAUAUUAUAUUAAAAAACCCCAACAUCAAAUGGGCUUGGGCAACUGGUCAAAGAUAUUAAAUGGUCUCGGGUGGAGUUUUCAAUAUGUAUCUGAUAAGUAGAUCAUUCUAGAAACAAAAAUAUCAAAAUGUUGAAAGGAUAAUGCUUAGAUUGUUUCUUUCAAGUGCAUAACAAACCUAUCAUGAUUCAUACCAAAGUAAAACUGUAUAAAGGCAGUGAUUUGGAGACACAACAUGUACAGUUUCUCUACUAGAUGCGAUUAUCACUCAGCAGCUUUUUACUGUAUUAGUAUUAUGUAUUGACAUCGUUAAGUUAUCCUGCUUUGUUAGGCUAUUCACCUAUAUUAACAAUCACUUGGUGCACUGUACUACCAUCACAGACGAGCAGCGGACCAACUUAAUUACUACUGUAUCACCUGUGCAUCCCUUCAGUCCGUAAUACUCAGUCAUCAGAGCUAUAUUUAUAUAUCUGCUGGCUGCCACACAGCACUACAUUGUAAGUCGGAGACAACAGAUAUAAUGAACAAAAAAAACAUUAAAUUUUCUGGAAGAUUUACAAUAAGAACAUUCUUGAACUUGUAAUUAUGCACACUUAGUAAUUCAAUAUAUUCCAAAUAGAACAUGAAGAUAUCCUGUAAGUGGUACUUAACUCAUUAACCCCUGAAAACACAUUUGAACUCUUCCAAUUCAAAGGUUGGAAUAGUUCAUCAUGAAAUUU